AAUUGUUUGCCUGCUUUAGGGCAGUCGAAGUCCGGAAUACCGUGGUUCACGAAGAGAACGGAGAACAUAUGAAGAAGCAUAUCCGUCUGCUAGAAUCCCAUUGUCAAGCUAUCCACCUCGAAUUGAUGCUGUUGAACAAUCAAGCCUGGAGCGAGAACGAGAAUAUCUUAGAAGGCGCGAAAUGGAAUUGACCCGUCGAGAAGAAGAGUUGAUGCGAAUGGAGCGACGACUACGAGAAAGAACGCCGCCACGUGCUGUCCAGAUAACAAUGCCUCCUCAUGGUAACGGAACAUUCCCGAAAAAACGGCCGGGGCCUCGCCAGAGGUCUAAGAUUCAGAAAAAGAAACGCAGGCAAAAAAUGUUGGACACGUUGGAAGUCAGACUGCCACAGAAGAGAGGGGUUAAUCGCGCAAGGGAUGUGGUAGUGACAGAGGAACCGACGAUAUUACCGAAAAGAAGAAAGGAAGCGAAUCAGGAGUGUAAAGGGGAAGAAGAAGGCGAUACAGCAUUCGGCAAAGCUGAAAGAAAACAAGGUCAUUUGAAACCUGGACAACGCCUUGAGGGUCUAGUGGAAUCGAUCAUUGGAUCAGAAGUGCUUGAUGAUUAUACGAUACCCAGAAAACGUGCCCUCACGCAACUUUUGAGCCUCUGCGAUAUAAAUUUGUUGUCCGCAGAGGUUUUGAAGAAAUUUGGUAUUGUUGAAGCCAAGACAGAACCUACAGAGAAGGAAGCCUACAAGAAACGAAGUAAGCGGUUUGUUUUUUGA